AUGGAUGACAAAGUUCCAGUGAAGUCAAGUACUAGUUUAACUACCCCACAAGUCACGCUGUUCGAUCAGCCCCGCACUUGUGAGGCAAAGAUUGACGAUGGGAUAGGUGUUGACCCUCCGCGCCAAACACCCAAACGCUUCAAAUGGGACCCCCACAGAGUGAAGCAGUCAACUCCAAACGAGAAAGCGCGAAGGACACUUUUAGGUGGUCCCACUUCAGACCAUCCUCCAAGUAAAGCGGUCAUGAACAGAACGUUUGGAGCUCUGCUAUCAAACACCCCGCUCCCGUCGUCAGACGGUGCGGAACGGAAGCCUCCACUGCAGACUCCGCUUGUCUUGUGCCAUUCUGUGGAUAAAAUCGUGCACUCUACCGCCACCCUUGAUCGUUCGCCUGGGCUCAUACUUGGCCUUUCGCCCAUUCUGCCAGAUAAUCAGUCACUCGACGCAGAGGAGGGCGCUGAAUUUUCUGGAUCACAGCAAGUCGGCACACAGGCGCCCGCUAUGAAACUCGAAGAUACGCAUUCGGAACAACAACUAUCAUGCUCUUUUGCCAAACCAUUUCCCGUUAAAGGUUGCAAAAGACAGGACCUGAAUACGUUCACGUUAAACGAUUCUCCUAGGGGUACCCAUAACUGUUCAGGCCUGGAAGCGGUAGCCUCUGAUAACAGUUACCGGACUCCCACUUUCGCAGAACUUCAAGAAGAUUCCCUCUGUCAGCCGGGUUCCGCCAGUGUAAACUUUUCAGCUGAUAAGCAAUCGGACGGGGAUCGUAGACGUUCUCUUAUACUGAACUGUCGGAAACCGUUGCAUAAUUCUGUUCCUUCAAGCAGUCCCCGUAGGCAACCCACAGUGGACUUAGAUACAUUCCCAGUCACAGGCAGCCCGCGCCUACCCCCUAAUACACCUACAGACCAGGGAAAAUUUUCGAAGAAAGUCUCCUUUGGAAGUCUUUGCAAUUUGCGCGCUGGAACCUCGACCGAGAAAAAUAAGAAAACCACCGAAACCGUAGUUGGAUAUGGAAGUGAACCAACGACUUUCUUGCUUCCAACGAAGCCAGCAACACCUUUUCCUACGUCACAACUAGAAGAAAUCAAGGAUCAAAAACCGGAAAGCAGUCAAAAUGAGACUAUCAGAAAAUCGACAGAGGCCUCAAAAGCAACAAAUUUGGAUUGUUUGAAAGAAAAGCAGUUAACCACCAGAGAUUUUGAUCUAAUCUGCAGCGGUUGGGAGGAGCUUGAUACUUUCAUCUGCUGCUACAACAUACUAAACGGACUCAGUAAGUUACGUUUGCGCAUUAGACCAUAA